CUGACCGCCUGCUGUUGCUUUUCGCGCUGUCGUAGCGCCUCAGCAUCUGCACACGUGCAUCCAUGCUGCCACUCACGACUCGGGCGGCCCACCUUUCGACGCGACCGAACUCAUCCACGAGCGCUUCUUUUGCGAAGGAACGCAUCUUGGCCUUCUGCAGGUCAUUUGCGAUUGCGGAUUGCGGCAACGCUGGUGAAUUGCGCGUCAUCACCCUUUUCCGCUCACAGCUAGGCAUCAAGGGUCGUACACAUCCGAGGUUGGGCAAGGCCGCUUGCCCGCUUCCCCACCUCUCACACCUCGUACCCAAGCCUCCAUUCAGGCGACUGCAGCAUACCUGCGAACACCGUCGGACGCAGCACAAGGCCACCUCUCCAUCGAGCUGCGACCCGCUCACCGUCACGAGCUUAUCCGCCCUCGCCCAGGCUCUGAUCUGCUGAGCAGCCGACUGUGAUUGCUGCCGUUGAAAUCAAAUUGGCAUCCUGGAGGCUUGUUUGCAACAAACAAGUCUUGUCCACUCCUCAGCAGUGGAUCGCAUUCGCCAUUCUCCUUCUCGUCGUCGUCGCCGCCAUUCAUCUCAUUCUUCAGGCCGCAUUUCGCCGCACUUUACACUCCGGCCAUCCUCUUGAGUUGCUCUUCAGCAAUCGCACACAGGCCUCAGCUACCGCGCACAGCAGUCGAGGAAGGACCAAUCCGCACCGCCACGUUCAAUACCCUCAUUGAUCACAGACAGCCAUUCGCGAAGCGAAGAUCUUGGUGGCAAUCAAUUUGGCAAAGUAGAGUGCAGAGGAGGAGGACAGCGACGCGGCGCUCAAUUUAGAAGCGCCGUUGAUUCAUUCAUACUUGCUGGUUGUGUGGAAGGAAGUCGCAAGAUUUUGUGCUGAGCAUAGCUGGAGGAUUUGCCAACUUGAGUCUAGCUGCUGGUGAGUUCGGCUUGGAGCAAUAGCCUGAGGGGUGGGUGCCAAGGGAUAGUCAGGCUGGCCCCGCAUGGAUGUCAGGCCCAUAUCAUGGCAGUAUGUGUCAGUCUCAUCAAGUCUGCGUGGACUGGACAGUAAGGGGGGAGCCGUCGUGGCUGCGCAAGUUGGCAAAUGUCUGGGAAUAGCUAGGAGGCUGGCUGAUGCAGCUGAUGCAAGAGGUCUUGCAAGCUUGAGCAAGCCUCGACGAUGGCGAUGCGCUCCACAUGCCGCUGCUCCAAAGGCAGCAUCUGUCAGCUUUUUGAUUGGAGCACCGUACGAGGUUGCGUGCCAGAUCAGCGCAGACUAUCAGGCCUCUUUGCUGGGCAAGCUAUUUUGGGCAUCAGUUGGGCGCCAGAUCGACAGCGCAAGCAGCCUUGCGCAACAGUGCGCGCGCGCAACUCUAUUCAAAAGUCGCUGUUUAGGCGCUGCGAUGGACGCCGACGCAGGAGGAGCACGUGUGCGCUCAGAUCCCCGAGACCCUCACGCUGAUGCAGGCUACGCAAAGUGCAGCUUGAUUGGGAUAUGUUCCUUUGGGCAGACGAGAUGGAAUUCGAGCUUCAAAGACUCGCACUGCGCACGCUCAAAGAGAUCUGAGACUGGAAGGUCGAUGUGCAUUCGUGCAACGUCUCGCUUGGCCGACUACGAAAGCGUUGCGUUGCGGCGCAAAGGUUCAUCGAGCAGCGAUGUGCUAAAGGCUUGUUGUCGUGCUCGGGGUCGCGCCUGUUGCAGUAGCCUGCAGAAGCGAGACGUACUGGACUUUCACCCAUGGAGGCCAGCCGAAGAGGACAGGCAGAGCCAGAGCUUGUGGUGCUUCCAAAUACAUUGGUCCUCUGAAGUCUUCUGCUGCUGGCGCGCCCAGAAUGUCGAGCAAGGAGCGUCGGGUCUCCGCGUCGCGUCGCGUCUCGUCUACACGGCUAGGCAGUAGACUCAGAGUCGAGCCUCGAGGGAGGAUCAUCGUCGAGAUUGUCCAGACAAGCUGACUGGACCCCCAUUUCCUAAUCUGCUUGCAGAGCCGGCUCCACUUUGUGUGUCAAGACCUGGAGUCUGUGGAAGUGCACGCUUGAUCGGUCCCUCUCGUCGAAAGUUGCGGACGCCCGCGGAUCCCGCGCACAUCCACGCUCGCCGCUGCAAGUCAUUCGCCGAACACCCGCAAAGAAGGCAUUUGUUGUCGAGCAGCUUGCACGCGGAUCGGCGCAACGCCUCGUUGGUGGCCGCCGACUGACUACUUGCAUCAAGCCCGACAUUCAGUUUCACAGUCAUCAGAGUUGACCUUGUCUGCCCCACCUAGUGAAACCUGAUUGCCAGCCAAUCUAUUCGGACGGAACCGACCGUGCUGAUAGGUUCAUCACUACGAGCGACGAAUCACAACGAAUUGGUGGUCAGGCUGCUGCGUACAAGCGACUGGGUAUCAGCGAUUGUACGCUGAACCCGGAGGCGCCUGCAGUGUCGCGCCAAGAUUAGCCUGGCCCCGAGCCAGCUAUCAGUUUGGAGGACGCGAUCGACCUUUCUGCUUCAGGCAACAGGCAAGCGCUUAGUCUCAGCCCAGUCAGAAGGCUACCGAGGACCAGCGCUUUGCAGCUCCGGCUUUGCUAGUUGGAUCAACUUAUAGAUCCGGAUUCUUCGGCCGCUGCAGUGGGAUAGAAACCUCUUCCACUGAGCCAUCAAAACCUUUAAAGCAUCGUCACUUCGUGGAGAAUUUUGCGGAGCUACUACUGCCAUCAAUCACGGACGGAGCGUCCAUCACGUCACCCGGACACGGCAGUGGAUCUGAGGUACUCGGUCACCGGACCCGACGUUCAGCCCAGAGCUGCGCGAUACCGUCCGCGAUUUGAGACGCUGAGCAAGUGUCACACCACGGCUGUCAUUACAAACGCAGC